AUGAUUAGAGCAAACGGAUUUUCAGAAUUGAAAGGUGAUGGCAAGAAAUCUUAAGAAACUUCUUCAUCAUUAGUCGGAGGAAUGUCUUGGUCUUUAUGGAAGGCCAUUUCAAGAGGAAACUAAGGUGAUGUUUAUCAAUUGGGAGGUGCUUAUGUUUUCGAUAUUACAGGAAAAAUUUUAUACAGCUUUGUUGACCAUAGUGCUGAAGGACAUAUUAGUGUAUAAUAGAUCAAUGAAUUAGCACAAACUUAUGGAAAAAAAGCUUCAUAAUGA